CGAAGAUCUAGACGUAGAAUUCUUGGGUCAUCCAUUUGAAAUGCUCAUCAAAUGAUUGCGUGAAUGUCGAGUAUCGUCUACAAGUUGCUGUUCCGGUGUACUUGUGUGUAGUAUAAGAGACGCCUUCGGCUCUUUCAAGCAAGAUCCUGUUUUCCUUGUACCAACUCCUCGAGGAUAAUCAUCCCAGCAUAUUAAUCCACAUCCAGUCUAAAGCAUAACACCUUCCACUUCUCUGUCUUUGUUAUCAGAUCUCCUUAUGCAGAGCGCCCUCAAGACCGUCAUGUCCAAUACACUUCACCACGCCAAGAUCACGCCUCACCGGUCCGCCGCCCGAGGGCACAGCAACCAUGGCUGGUUGGACACCUACCACUCCUUCAGCUUCGCCAACUGGUACAACCCUAACUUCACCCACUUUGGCGCCCUACGAGUCCUCAACGAAGACCGCGUCAAGCCCAACUCGGGGUUUCCCACCCACCCGCACAGGGACUUCGAGAUCUUCAGCUACAUUCUCUCCGGCGAGCUCACACACACCGACUCGACACACAAGCAGAAGGGUGGUGAUGAUGCAAAGGAGUCCGAGCUCUUCUGCCGAGUCCGUCGCGGGGAUAUCCAGUUCACGACGGCUGGGACGGGCGUCACCCAUUCCGAGUUCAACCGCGGCCGGGAGCCAGUGCAUUUCCUCCAGAUAUGGGCGAUCCCCUGGAAGCGCGGCCUAGCGCCGCGGUAUGACUGGGGGCGGUACAGCGACGAGGACAAGCGGAAGGGGUUCGUCAGCCUCUUGAGCCCAUUGAAGGGAGGGGUCGACGCAACGGCCGAGCAAGAGAAAGCGGCUGAGCCGACAAUCCCUGGUACAAUAGCCAUCCACGCUGACUUUGUGAUGGCCGCCGGCAUCAUCGAGUCAGGUGGCAAGUUUGAGUGGAAUGUUGGGGCGAACGCAACUGCCGCAACCAAGCGGAAGCUCUAUGUGCACUUGCCCAUGACGAAGGGCGGUAAAGCGAAAAUUAGGCUGGACGGCAGGGAGGAUGGAAUUCUUGCCGAGGGCGAUGGCGCCUUUGUUGAUUGCGUGAAUGCGGGGGAUAGGCUUGUUGUGGAGAGCGUCGGUGAUGCAGAGGCAGAAGUGGUCGUUCUGGAUACGGCUUGAUACUAAAUGGUGGAAGCAUCAGAUUUUGUUGACCACUAACCAUGUAGAAUUCAGUGCCCCAAUACAAGAGAUGUACAAACUCGGUGCCCUUGUUCC